AUGGCGCAAGACGGUGGUGAGAGGUCCAGUAAGGCGUCGGCGGGCAGCAGCAGUGGCUGCUCCACGCCGUUCCGGUUCAACGUGCACGCGCGGGAGUUCGUGCCGGUGUCGCCGGCGGCCAGCCCCAUGGGCGCCAGCGCUCUGGCGGCCGUCGGCUACUACUCGCCAUUCUUGCAGCUGCCCAGCGGCAGCGGCGGUGGCGGCGGGCUAGGCGCGGUGGACUGGAACUUCUUUGCCGAGCCGGACCCCACGUUCUUUCUGCCGGACUUUGGACACGCCGAGAUAGCCGGUGCUGCCGGCAUCACCGGACACCCCAAGGGCGCAAGUCCGGCCGACAUCGCACACAAGAUUAUCAAGCAGGUUGAGUACCAAUUCAGCGACACUAAUUUGGUUGCUAAUGAUUUCUUGACGAAGAUUAUGAACAAGGAUCCUGAGGGCUAUGUUCCUUUGUCUGUUAUCUCAUCCUGGAAGAAGAUCAAGGCUAUGGGGGUGACAAACCAACUGCUGGUUAGGGCUCUUCGGACCUCCGAAAAGCUCGUUGUCAGCGACGACGGCAGGAGAGUGCGACGGGCGCAGCCAUUCACCGAGAGGCACAAAGAAGAGCUGCAGUCCCGGAUGGUCAUCGCGGAGAAUUUUCCAGAUGAUUCCACGAGGAACAGCCUCGAGAAGAUCUUCGGUGUCAUUGGCAGUGUGAAGAACAUCAGAAUCUGUCAUCCGCAAGAGCCCAGCUCUGCAAGAUCUUCAAAGUCUGACGCAAACGCAUUGCUAGUCAGUAACAAGUUGCAUGCCCUUAUAGAGUACGAGACCUCGCAGCAAGCCGAGAGAGCAGUGUACAGGUUGAACGAUGGGAGAAACUGGAGGAAGGGCCUCCGCGUGCGCGCGGUGCUGCGACGAUCGCCCAAGUCAGUAACACGUCUGAAGCGGCUGGACUUGGACCACCUCGCCGCCUCCGACGAGGAGCGCUCGCCGGACUCCCCGACGGCAGCGGCGCACUUGCCUGACCAUAGCCAGGAGGACCAGCACGCCGCCGGCUCCAAGAAGCCUUGGGGCAGCGGCCGGGGCAGGCAGCACGCUGGCGCCAACGCGGCGCCGCAGACAACGCACUCCACCGCGGGCGCGGCCUGGCAUUUGGAUUCCUUCGCGGCGAGCCCCCGGCACGCGCCGCAGGGGCCGAGGAUGCCCGACGGCACGCGCGGGUUCAACAUGGGGCGGGGCAGGCCGUCGCCGGCCGUGGCAGCGGCUGCUGCUGCUGUCCGGGUCGUGUAGGUGGCCAGCUCUGCCGUGACGUCUGACUGACUGAUCGGCCAGAUUUGUUGGUUAGUUGGUUUGGAGGGAUAGGUGUAAGUGGCCGUGUUUUGUUUUUUUCUUCCUUUUUUUGUUUGUUUGUUUCUAGUUCUUUUUUUCUUUUUGAAUAAAUCGUUUUGAUUUUGUUUUGGUGAAUAAUAUGGUAUUCUUAUGUUGG